ACAAGUUUCAUAGAGUGCCUACUGAGAGCUCUCUCUCCCUCUUUUCUUAUACCCUUCUCUCCUAAAAAUCUCUUUUAGGAGGGAAGGAGUAAUGGAGAUGAAAAAAAGCCCACAUUAUGGCACUCUAACAAAAACACUCAGAUUAGCACUACAAUGGUGUCUUCUUCUCCUCAUUUUCACAAUCUCCGCCUUGGCUCAAACUCCGAAUUACGCCGACGCUCUCUCAAAGAGCCUCCUCUACUUCGAAGCUCAGAGGUCCGGCCGUUUACCCUACAACCAACGGAUCACUUGGCGCGACCAUUCCGGCCUCACCGACGGCCUCGAACAAGGAGUGGACUUAGUCGGAGGUUACUACGACGCCGGAGAUCACGUGAAGUUUGGGUUGCCAAUGGCGUUCACCGUCACAAUGUUGUCGUGGAGCGUGAUUGAGUACGGCCAACAAAUCGCCGGCGCCGGGGAGUUGGAGCACGCACUGGAGGCAAUCAAGUGGGGCACUGAUUAUUUCAUCAAAGCCCACACUAGCCCAAAUGUGUUGUGGGCAGAGGUAGGUGAUGGAGACACCGAUCACUACUGCUGGCAGAGGCCGGAGGACAUGACCACGUCGAGGCAGGCGUACAGGGUGGACGAGAACAAUCCCGGGUCGGAUCUCGCCGGAGAAACUGCCGCCGCCAUGGCCGCGGCGUCGAUUGUGUUCAAGAAAUCAAACCCGCAUUACUCCCACCUGUUGUUGCACCAUGCCCAACAGUUAUUUGAGUUUGGGGACAAGUACAGAGGAAAAUAUGAUGCGAGCGUGGGAGUGGUGAAGAGCUACUAUGCGUCAGUGAGUGGGUACAUGGAUGAGUUGUUGUGGGGUGCUUUGUGGCUAUACAAGGCCACCGACAAUAUAGAGUAUUUCAAAUACGUAAUUAGCAAGGCACAUUGUUUUGGUGGCAUUGGUUGGGCAAUUACCGAGUUCAGCUGGGACGUUAAGUAUGCUGGUGUUCAAAUCAUUGCUGCAAAGUUGCUUAUGGAAGAGAAGCGCAAAGAGCAUAGACACGUACUAGAGAAGUAUCAAUCAAAAGCUGAAUACUACAUAUGCUCAUGCCUCAACAAGAACAAUGGCAGCAACAACGUCGACCGAACCCCGGGCGGGCUCUUACAUGUGAGACAGUGGAACAACAUGCAAUACGUAUCAUCAGCUGCAUUCCUUCUCUCAGUGUACUCAGACUACCUCCGACACUCAAACCAGAAGCUCAACUGCCACAGAGGCCCAGUGGGCCCGGAUGAGCUACUCAGAUUUGCCAAAGCCCAAGUUGAUUAUAUACUGGGCUCCAACCCAAUGAACUUGAGCUAUCUAGUGGGCUAUGGGCCCAACUACCCCAAAAGGGUGCACCAUCGGGGUGCAUCAAUUGUGUCAUACAGAGAGAACAAAGGGUUCAUAGGGUGCACCCAGGGGUACGACAAUUGGUACAGCAGACUCGAGCCCAACCCGAACGUUGUAGUCGGGGCAUUGGUUGGUGGACCCGACUGUCAAGAUAAUUUCAGCGACGAAAGAGGGAACUAUAUGCAGACCGAGGCCUGCACGUAUAAUACGGCGCCGUUGGUUGGAGUUUUUGCCAAGUUGAAUCAACUGGAGGACCAAUUGUUCCAACAAAAUCAAAAUUCACCUUUGAUUGCUUCUUACUAGGUAGAUAUCUUGUUUAUUAUAUAUAUAAAUGAAAUAUACAAUGUUUAUACUUCAUAAGAGCUAUUGCUGGUGGCUGAAUGAUAUAGUAUUGUACUCCUAUUUGUAUGUUUAAUUAUGUUACAAAUGAUAGUGAUUACUUUAAUUUUUCUUAA